ACAACAACUGGCAAAAAGGAAGUAAAAAGCGUCUUCCAACACGUCCCUUUUUCUAAACCACAAACCACUGUAACAGUAAAGGUAAAGCCCCAAAUUCUCUGUUCUCAUCAUAGUAAUACCAGGAACAGGGGCAGACUGACCAUUUGGGAACUCGGGCACUGCCCGAGGGCCCGGGGUCAGUAGGGGGCCCCAUGAGAUGCCCCUGGUACCUUUCAUAGGCUUUUUUGGGUGUGGUUUGAGUGUGGGCGAGGACACAGGGGCCCCAUGAUCCCCUAUUGCCCGGGGGCAACAU